AUGGACGAGUACGAAUUUUUCUGUCGUCUUGCUACACACCCUUUCUGCUCUGCAACGAUGGAGAUGCUGCAAUGCGCUUUGCGGCUCAUUCGAAGUCGCUACCCGCUGGCGCUCUGCCACGACACAGAAGGGACAGCCGUAGAGUUCCCACCAAGGGAAGACUUCUUCAAGCAAGAAAACAUGCCAUUCCAUGUCACCAGCGAAUGGAUCAACUACAUGCAGACUGUGGGCUGUUCUAUCAAUACCGCAAAACAAGGAGUCACUCCAUCGUUGUGGCGUUUUGCCCAAGAUGAUCACGUAGAUUUUGACGUAGUCACCUGUUAUCUCCAGCUAUUGCGAUCACCUUAUCCAUCUUUCCAUUUUCGAGAUCCCAUCUCUAUCACAUCCGACACCAUUGAAAACGCAGCAGGGCUUUUGGGAACGCCAGAUGCCACAACACUCAUUCCAUGCAACUACAACGGAACCUGGUUCACCGUCAUUGUCUACACAGAUUGCGUGCAGCUGUACGGAAUGCAAGUCAAAGACGUCUUAAAACUAGAACAGCAGCUACAAGUCUUGUUUCCCCGCUGUUUGAUUCGUUUCUCCCAUCCUGUCCUUGCGGCGCGUCUCGAAGACUCGGGGGUGUUGAUGCUUUUUAGCAUGCGAGUGCUGGCCGGUGGAGGUGUGCCGGUGCAACAUGUCGACAGCAUGUUUCUCCGGAAUGCGAGAGCACGACUGUUUAUGGAAAUGUUGCUGGGAAGCCUGAACGUGAAGGAUUCUGAUGUGGUCAGUCGGAUUCAGGAAGCGCAAGCAGAGAAUUCUGUCUUCUUUGACGAUGCCUUCAUAUGCGAAGGCAACGAUCUCACACCGGCAGGCUCGGGCUUCACAGCAGACAUGGAAGAAGGCGACGGUUUUACGUUCGGUGCCUCUCCUGGACCAGCAAGCCGGUCUUCUCUACCGGCCGAGGAACGCCCCUCGUCAAGAGAACGAACCUGUGAAGCGGGGACGAUUGCAUCGGCACAAGCCCCGUAUCUUCCAUUGCCGUCCUCGCAGCCAAACGGGUCCACUCGUGAGAAGCUCACCGCGCUGCGCAGCGGUCGGGUCCUCGACAUGAUGAUGCCGAGGAUGCCGCCAAAAAUGCCCAAGCAGUGCAGGACCAUUCUUGACAUAUUGAGCGAGGCCGUGGCUUUCUACCGGAGUUCUCGCAUUUCAGAAAGCUCUGAACUGUCAGUGAUAUGGUCUGCCAUCAAGAACGGCUUCAAGAGCGAGUUCUAUCGCCGUUACAGUGGCCUGCUGUUUUACCAGCAGAUGGCCCGUCUCGGCAGUGACCAAGAAGUCGCUGUACAAUUCAAGGUCAGCAUUUCCACGCCGGAACUAAGAGAAAUGAGAUCUCUCCAGUCACGGUCAAAAAUCUGGCACGAUCUCUGCCAGCUGCGCCACGACUGGGGGUCCGACCAGUAUGUGCUUCUUUGUGUUCUGCCAGAAAAGCCACAUUUGGAGCGCAUGAACAGACAAGAGCAGCAGCUUCAGCUCCAGCAGGUCCGCGAGCGGCUUGACGAUAUGUACAACAACCUCUCGAGCUACGUGGAAGCUGCAAAAGGACUAUGCACAGCUUUGGUUCAAGGCAGUCUCCCAAUCGACCGAUUGAUGAUUGAUGACUAUCACCUGAAGGCGUACCAAGAAUUAACGGAGCCCGAAUUUGCUGCUUACACAAGCCUCCAUCCGCGGCCAGCCAUUUCAAUCUCAAGGUGGGGGGGGCCUGGCUAG